AUGCCAGAGGAACCUUUGAUUGUUUUUCUAGCUCCCGAGCUGACAGCAAAUAUAAAAUAUCAUCCAGAAAGGGACAUCUCCGUAGAUGAUAUUACAGUGUCAGCCUACCACAAAGAACCGUUCCCCUGCUUUGACAUCGGACCCAAUUUCACACAAUCGACAGACCCAGAAAUGCAGCGCGUGCUUCAGUUGCUGCUCAAUGACGAGACGACAGCGGUCCAGGAGCUGUCCCUGACCGCGGCCUAUUACGACUUCUAUGGCUUCGUAAAUGCCUACUUGUGUCGUUUUAGUUUUAAAUAUAACGGGGCCGUCAACAGGUCCUAG